GAGACCCGUAUUCAAGACUCUGGUGAAGUACUACAAAUUCUCUCUCCACCUGUCGCUUCAAAAAGCUUUACGUGCGUUUAUCCGGAGACCCUGAGGACGUUAGACGACUCUCUGUGUUCGAUCAUCGCUGUCUCCGAAGGAUUGCUGACAUCCAGUGGCAACACCAUAUUAGUAAUGCAGAGGUUCGGCAUCGUAUGUUCGGGCACAGAGACGAUAAUCCAACUGGUGUCACCAUCUUGAAACACCGACUUCGGUGGCUUGGACAUGUUCUACGAAUGUCGUCCCAGAGAAUUUUACGUCGUGCAUUAUUUGCCGACUCUGGGACUGGUUGGAAGAAGCGGAGAGGUGGUCAGUGCAUGACAUGGUGUCGUGGCAUGAAAGAAAGAUGCAAAGGACUGGCGCCUGUUGGUCCUUCACGACUCCCUGCUUGGGGUCCGAGGGAUGGUGCUACACAGUGGCUAGAGACGUUAUCAGAUAUGGCUCAUAAUAGAAGCCAGUGGCGAUCCUGCUGUAACCUUUUACUUUCUCCAUAAAAAGUGGUUGUAUCUUCCUUAACUGAAAGAUUUCUUCUGAUUGUACCUUUCUGUUCCCCCACUAUUACUAUUAUUACACUUCCUUACACCAAUCUCUUCGUUAUUGCUUUUUUUUUACGUUCCUUACUUUUUUCUUUUCUCCUUCUUAAAUUCUCAUUGUUUUGUGGCACAUAUAUCUUUGGCGCACUCCUGUACCAAUAUAUGUGUUCAAAUAAAAUAAAUAAGGUGAACCUGACAGAGUUAGAAAUGGGAGUACAGAGUCCAAGUGAUGUCUGAAUUUAAACCAUCGUGUAACUCUGGGGCAUCUUAUGGUUUACUUAAUUUAAUUGUAAUAUCACACGCAAUGUCAUCCAAGCCACAAUAUUUGACGCGAAAAUAGCACUCAUUCUCAUUAAUCAAGAAAUUCAUAUUACUCAAAUCGUGUAGAUAAGUAGUAAUGAUAGUACUUGUCGAAAUUAUUAAAACUGACAUUUUGGUUCGUCAUUAAAAUUCUCUAUUCAUUAGUUACAUUUAGAUAAAAUUUAAUGUCAAGUGGCUGUAGAUUAUGUGAAUUCGUGCGUCGUUUAACUCACGCCUCAUUACUGCAUAUACUAAAGUGUUUUAUAGAAUAGUGGUAAUAGUGAUUCGUAGAACAUCAUUAUUUCGAAACUACCGAUCUCUUUGAGUAUUAUCGACUAGAUAUUAAAAGUUAUCUAUAUGAAAUCAUAUUGUCGUCACCCUGCUAAAUGUUGAUCGAUAUUUCUUCUAUAUUCACAAGGUUUUGAUGGUUUAGUGAUUAAUGGUGUUUUUUAUUGUACCUCAAUCUAACCCUCACUGGAUAAUCUUAACUUUAGGUGUUUGGCACCUGUCGGGAAGGUACAUGAAACCUAGGUUUAGGGUUUCCUGUCAACUACUUCCAAACAACACCUUGUUACUGCAAGUAUAAACGAACUUUACUGCUCAAGAUGAACAUUCUAAUUAAUCGUUUAUUACAUUGAAAUUGUCGUCAUUAAGUCUUACUGCAUUACCUCAACAAUUAACUCCUAACACUACGAUUUCUUUGAACUAAAACUGAACGUCAUUAAUUGAUCUGUGUUAUGUGAAGUGUUAGACGUUAUCACUGUUUACUUUAUAAUGACAAGAAUUGGAUGCUUUCGAAAGAACUUAGAAAUUUAUUAGCAAUUUUUAUAGUACACUUUAACUGAUGAAAUCCAUGCACUUUUGAGUUGCACAACCAAAGCUCUAAGGUCGGGUUGAUUGAUUCAUUCUUGUUUUAAUCAUUUGCAAUAAAGCACAUGUCACUGGAAAGAGUGACUUUUAAGUUUUAUCAUAGAAAAAUGUCUAAUGUAUAUAUGAGAUUGGCAAGCAAUAUGUUUCAUUUUACACCACAAUAGACAGUAAAUUCACUCUAUAAGAGGGUAGUUACACAAUGAAUUUCACGAGAACUAUUUAUUAUUAAGACUCUCUAAAACCUGUGUCCCAAGCACUACUAAUGUACUGAAUUCUGAAUAAUUUCAGAGAAGCUUAAAUGUCGUGAGUUUCACCAGCAGUGGGCUCGUGGAUAAGUAUUUUAAAAAGAGAGAAAUUUUAAUAAUAGCCUUUGUUAGAAAUAAGUGACUAAACAAAAAAUGUACAAGUGUAGAGGCUAAUUCCUCUCCAUUUGACCCUAGUUCUAUGAUAUCCCGUUAACUCACUGUAACGAACAAGAACAUAGGUGGGGGUAAUCAAAUGUACAAAAUUAUAGAAUCUCUUGGCAAAAUAUAAGAACCAUACAUUAAAUACUCCAUUUGACAAAUUUCUAUCAUUUCUCCUUCACAUACUGUAUGAUUCUUUUAAUUCAUAUUAACUUUCUGUUUUCUUCAAGUUGACCCCCACAAACUUCUGCUAUCAGGUUUUCCAUUUCCUAUUGAUGUUAUACACUACUCUUAUGUCGACAAACAUAAGUAGCAUACACCGUAGGAAUAUGAAUUUAUUUGAGAAUAAAUAUUCAAUAACCAGAACAGCCGUUAUUCGAACAGUGUCUUGUUAAUAAUCAAUAAAAACCAUAAGCACGACAGACAGAGAGGCAACCAAUCAUACUGAGAAGUGAACAUGUGCAUGUGAGUAAAAAUGCUCAAAUGUGUGUAUUUUAUGAAUGUCAAUCAAUUAUGAUCAUUGAUUGACUAUCUGUAUUUUAUAACCAAUAGGAAGAGGAUAGACAAAGAUCGAUGUACGGACAUGCAAUCGCUCAAAAUUAACAUAUACUUUCAUGUUAGUUGAUUAAUUGUCUAAAUCACAGCAUCUAAGGCUAAUAGGAUGACGAUAUUCAAUGCGCUUACUACCAUAGAAGUAUAAAACCGAUUCUACUGAAAGUCAACAAAUGUUUAUAUUUUAAUAGUUGAAUUCAUGAGUCGAUCCAAGCUAGACCACUGGACGACCGUCUCAUCCUCGUACGGGACUUCUCAGCAGUGUGCAUCCACUAUCCCAUACGCGGGACUCGAACCAAGGACCCUCAGUCUCGCGCGCUUAACCUCUAGACUCAUGAAUUCAACUAUUGAAAUGUUUACCUUCUAUUUAGUCAGUUUAUUUCUUAAUAACUCACUGUUGGUGUUAUUUUUGACCGUUUAUAAACUUAUUACCCAGUAUUGUAACAUGAAUUACCUAGGCAUGUACAAAUUAAGAUUUCUUGAUGUAUAGUGCGUAUCAAUUUCAUAUUCGGCGGAUGUGACCAAUUGAAUUCACUAAACUAAUGAUGUUGGGCAAAUCAGUUAACUUCACAAACACUCUGAUGGAGUUAAGGUCAGGAUUAGCCAAUACCUUGUCUAUUUAUGAAAGUAAGUCAUCAAUCUAUUUUCACGUGAUUCAUAGGUUUUUAGUACGAAAUUCACAAAUGAAAAUCUUAACCGUAACUGAGAUCUACGCGGGGGACUUAAAGAAAUGUAUUUCAGUCCUUGUAAAGGUUUAGAAGAAACAGCCUCUCUAAAAAUAUUGGAUUAUCAACCGUGAUGAAGGUGAAAAUUAGAAAUAUCCCGACUUCAUAUCCACAAAGAAGACGAGGUUAUAAAACCAAGGCGAAGAGAAUUGAACAUCAGUUUCCUAAUGAAUGACAUGUAAAACACACAUGUGUUAGGCGAUUAAAUUCGGAUAAAGAACCUCUUAGCUCGAACUUGCUACUAGAUUAUUUAAUUGAUAUAGCCAGUUUGGAGCACCAGGAUUAGAGCGGAAGAAGUGAUGGCCAGACUUCAAGAAAACGACAUUUCUUUCAACUCCUUCAGUUAAAUCCAAGAGGCAAGAUUUAUUUUUGAGCAAGGAAAGAUGAUAUGGAGAGCCAAUCAGAAGUAACGUAAUGAGAAGAUCAAUCGAUGGAAAUCAGAAGUCACUUAACGGGCAAGUGCAUUUCACUGACUAAAAAAUGGACCAAUUUCCUAAGGAUUAGAG